ACUAACUUUUGGGUUUAUUUUCUCCCCUUUCAUAACAAAAAUCUCCAUAUCGUCAUUUCUGAAUUCAGCAUAUUCCUUGUCCCCAGCGUCCCUCAACUCGGAACAAACAGAAACACACACCCAGGAAGAGAGAGAAAAACGAGAGAAAAAAUGGGUGAUCACAUAGCACGAGGAGAAGACUUCGAGAAGAAAGCCGAGAAGAAACUCACUGGUUGGGGUAUAUUUGGCAACAAGCACGAAGAUGCCGCUGAAUUGUAUGAAAAAGCCGCUAAUUCUUACAAGCUCGGCAAAUCCUGGGAGCAAGCUGGUGCUGCCUACCUUAAGUUGGCAAAUUGUUAUUUGAAGGUUGAUAGCAGACAUGAAGCUGCUAAUGCUUAUGCUGAAGCAGGCCAUGCUUACAAGAAGACCUCGUCCAAGGAGGCGGUAUCUUGCUUGGACCAAGCAGUGAAUAGUUUCCUUGAAAUCGGAAGGCUUAAUAUGGCUGCUAGAUAUUGUAAGGAAAUUGCUGAAAUAAAUGAGAGUGAUGGCAAUUUGGAGCAAGCAAUUGCCUGGUAUGAAAAAGCUUCGGAUCUUUUCCAAAGUGAAGAGGUGACGACCUCUGCAAAUCAGUGCAGACAGAAAGUUGCACAAUUUGCUGCACAGUUGGAACAGUAUCCAAAGUCGAUUGAGAUUUAUGAAGAUAUAGCGCGGCAUUCUGUUAGUAAUUCAUUGUUGAAAUAUGGUGUUAAAGGUCACCUUCUUAAUGCUGGUCUUUGCCACCUCUGCAAGGGUGAUGUUGUGUCAAUAACCAAUGCGUUGGACAAAUAUCAGGAUCUGGAUCCUACUUUUGUCGGAACCCGUGAAUACAAAUUUCUUUCUGACUUGGCCACUGCAGUGGACGAGCAGGAUGUUGCCAAAUUUACCGACAUUGUAAAAGAGUUUGAUAGCAUGACCCCACUGGACGCGAUGAAAACAACCCUUCUUCUAAGAGUGAAGGAAAAACUGAAGGCCCAAGAUAACGAUGACGAUGAUCUGACUUAAGUUAGUUUAUGUGCUUUCAACUUUUAAAUUGUUCCUUUUGGAUAAGAGUGCUGCGUCUAUGUACAAAUGAUCUCGAUACAUUCUAAGCAUUGACUGGCCUAUGGGCAUGUUUUCACGUUGGAGAAAUGUGUUAAUUUGAUAUUUUCUGAUUGUGUUUUUAGGCUGAGACAUAGUAGCGGAUGAUCCUUGGUUUUUAUGUAAUGUUUUACUCCCACAUUAUUGGUUGUCAUUUAUUGAAAGUUGAUGAUUCAUAA